GGACACAAUCACCGACGAUCACAUGUUGCGGGUUGUUAAAUUGUGGUAUUCUUUUUGGGUCGUUUUCGCGAUAAAACCGACGAAAUUUUGAAACGAAGGUGUGCGUUCCAGAAGCGUGUUAUACCGAGUCCUUGUGAUACAACUUUUGAUACAGGUAGAAGUACGUCAGACGUAAUGGAGAUUUAACGCGCAACAUUACUGCGCAUAAACUAUUCCCCGCUUUCCUAUAUUCGCAAUUUUAAUCUAAAAAAAAACGUAAUUUAUAUAUAUUAACAUUGACAAAAAUUCAUUUUAAACAUUCUAACCUAAAAAAUAAACUUCAAACUAAACGUCAUUUAUCGGGUUUAAAAUUAAACCUAACUUCAUUUGAUUCAAUUUUACGCCAAAUCUGACAGUUCAUUAACAGGAUUCUAACCUAACUUUAUUCAACUAAAUUUUUGUUCUAAAUUGAGUGAUUUACAAAAAGGAAUUAUUGCGAAAUGGAUGAUACCUUUCCAGAUAUAUACGCAGAUUUAGACCAAAUCGAUUUUGCCGAAAAAUAUGCUGAGCUCCAAGAAAUAAACGAAACCCAUAUUAAAAAUAUAGAAUCUUUGACUAACGAGGUUAAUACGUUGAAUAAGAAAUUAAAGGAAUUUCAAACAACUCAAGAAAAAAUAACUCGCAAUUUAUCGGAACUUUUUAAGACUGCCAAAGCUGAAAUUGCUAGGAAAGAUCGUAUGAUAGCUGAAUUAAGGAAACAAGUUGAUGAUAUACUGUUUAGAAGAAAUAAUCACGGUGAGCAAAGGAAAAGACCAAUACAAGAAGAAAUUGGAGAACAAAAAUCAAUUGAAAAUAAACGACCGAAAUUUGAAAAAAAUCAAGAUAGAUACGAAAAGAGUCAAGAGAGACAAGAAAAAAAUUCUGAUAAAUAUCGCGAAAAAUCCCAUGAAAAACAAGAAUCAUAUCAUAGGAGAGAUUAUCGUGAUAGAGAAAAAUCUACUAAUUACUCCACUUCAAGUUACAGGGGGGACUCAAGAAAAUAUGAAUAUAAAGACGACUAUAGGGGACCUAAAUAUACAAAAUACACCGAACGAAGGUCUCAAGAUAAACGAUAUGUAGAUACUAGAUUAACAAAUGAUAACAAAUUUAAACAAUCAAGGCGAGAUAGUAAAAGUAAAGAUAUUAGGGAUGAAAAAGAAAAUAAAACUGACAUAAACACAAAGAACAUUGAAAAUAAAAAUGUUAAAAACGAUUUACAUACUGAUAAUGCUAAGAUUUCUAAGCUUGAUUUAGAAGCUUAUGUUCCAAUUGAAAAAAUUGAAAUUGAAGAGGGCGAAAUUGAAGAGAAUGAAGAUAUUGAUAAGAAUGUUGUAAAAAAGGUUGAAAAUAAAAGUAAGAUAAAAGCAAAUAAAACUGCUAAUAAGUUGGAAAAUGUACCAAAGAAAGAAAAAUGUAUAAAAGAAGAAUUCAAAAAUGUUGAAACGCAAAACAUUCUUGAUAUUAGUGAAAAUAAAUUAACUUCCAAUGAAAUUGUUGCAGAAACUUUAAAUUCAAGUGCCCAAGAAUUACAAAAUGCAAUUAAUAGUAUUAAAGUUCAAUCGAGUGAAGAAUCGAUUAAUGACGAAACUAUUAAUGAAGAAACUCUUCAAUCGAUUGUUGAUCCAAAUGAUUCAUCAAUCAUUACUCAGGGUAAUUGCAUAAAGUUAACAAACAAUUGUAAUAGGAGUUUUAGAAGUCGUAGAAAGCGUGUUGUUAUUACUGUUACUGAUUAAUUUUUUUUUAAUAUUUUAGUUAUAUAACAGAAUCUAUUUUAAUUUUAGAAAAGAUUUUUUCAUGGCAUUGAACUUGUUCAAUAAAAUUAGCUUAAUUAAACUCAAAAUUAUUUUAUAGAUAUCUGUAUUCGAUCUAAUAUGCAUUUAAUGUUGCCUAUAAACUAAGAAUAAAAUUAAUUAAAAAUAAAA